GACGUAAUUAAUACAGUACUUAGCUUGGGUGCACCUUCAAUGACCAAAUCCUACCCCUUUGAUUUUCUCAGUGCGUGCCCAUGGUUUGAAACUGUAAAGGAGAGGCAGAGAAAAAAAAACCAUCAAAGGAGAGCAAAACGCCCACAAUUUUUUUACAUCAUCUUUCCUCUCCACCUUGAUCCCCUUUUAAUCAUAGAUUUUUUUACCUUUCUUAACCCCAAAAUCUCCCUUUAAAUAACCCAACCAUAAAACCCAGUAAUCUAUUAACCUUGACGAUUCUAUUCUUGAAAAAUAGUCCCGAAUUUCUCUUGUUUUCUUUUCAUUGCAAAAAACCCAUCAAGUUUUUUCAGUGUUUUAGCAAUCUGGGUCUUUUUCUGCUUUGUUGAAAAGGUAGCAGAUGGUGGAAUCAGAGGUUAAGAAGGGGAAGAAGAGUGAGAAAAUGAGGCGGAGAUGGGUGAUUGGAGCUUUCAUUACAAUUGUUGUUGCAAUAGCUUUGGCUUCUAAAAGUACACUAAAGAUCUCUCUGUUUGGAGACACUAACAAGUCUUGUUAUUGUUCUCAGGGCAAACACAAGUAUAGCGGUAUUGUACAGGACUGUUGUUGUGAUUAUGAGACUGUAGACCAUCUUAAUGAGGAAGUAUUACAUCCAUUACUUCAGGAACUUGUUAAAACACCAUUCUUUCGAUACUUCAAGGUUAAGUUGUGGUGUGACUGUCCAUUUUGGCCUGAUGAUGGUAUGUGCCGUUUGCGGGACUGUAGUGUUUGUGAAUGUCCGGAAAGUGAAUUCCCUGAAUUAUUUAAGAAGCCCUACCAUCGAGGCCUUCCAUCAGAUGACCUUAUGUGCCAAGAAGGAAAGCCACAGGCUGCUGUUGACCGCACGCUAGAUAGUAAAGCUUUUAGGGGGUGGACAGAAACAGAUAACCCCUGGACUCAUGAUGACGAGACAGAUAAUUCUGAGAUGACAUAUGUGAAUCUUCAACUGAACCCAGAACGCUAUACUGGUUACACCGGUCCAUCGGCUAGAAGGAUAUGGGAUGCUGUCUACUCAGAGAACUGUCCCAAAUAUCCAUCUGAAGAGUCAUGCCAAGAAGAAAAAAUACUGUACAAAUUGAUUUCUGGUCUUCACUCAUCUAUUUCGAUCCAUAUAGCUUCUGAUUAUCUACUCGAUGAAGCCACAAACUUGUGGGGCAAUAAUCUCGAAUUAAUGUAUGAUCGGGUCUUAAGAUAUCCAUAUCGUGUUGAAAACUUGUUCUUCACAUUCCUCUUUGUUCUCCGAGCUGUGACAAAGGCAGCUGAUUACUUGGAACAAGCUGAAUAUAAUACUGGGAAUCCCACUGAGGACCUAAAAACACAGUCCCUAAUGAGACAACUAGUUUAUAAUUCAAAACUGCAAGCUGCAUGUCCACUCCCAUUUGAUGAAGCUAAGUUGUGGAAAGGACAAAGAGGACCCGAAUUGAAACAGAAAAUACAAGCACAAUUCAAAAAUAUCAGUGCAUUGAUGGACUGUGUAGGAUGUGAGAAAUGUCGGCUUUGGGGAAAGCUUCAGGUUCUUGGUCUUGGAACUGCAUUGAAGAUUCUGUUCUCUGUUAAUGGUGAGGAGCACUUGGGUCAGACUUUGCAGUUGCAACGGAAUGAAGUGAUUGCCCUGAUGAAUCUACUCAAUCGACUAUCUGAGUCUGUAAAAUUUGUCCAUGAAAUGGGACAUGCAGCUGAAAAACUCAUUGAAGGAAAGAUAUCUUCUCCUACUGGCCCGAAUAGCCUAGUCCGAAGGAUAUGGGCAUCUAUUGUUAAGACAUAGGUAAAGAUGAUGAGAGGAUGAUAAUUCAACAAGAAAUACACAUUACUUCCAAAAGAUAAGAGUAGGGUUUUGGAGAAAUACGAGCAUGGAAAGUGUACAAUCAACAGUUUUGCUAUAGUUGCAGGUUUUAAAAUCUCAUGUAAACGAACUAAAGGAGAAAUUAAAAUAAUCCUGAGAGCACCAGGUUUUCAGCUUCAUGAUAGUUUGUCUAUUCUGAUAAUUUUAGUUCUCUUCAGGAUUUUUGAAUGGAAGGUAUUUCAGUGCUUUUAGCAA